AAGGCGUGGUCUCGGGAGAGGAGAGCUAGAGAGAGACCAGUGCAGCGCAGUACAGUACAGUCAAGGAACAUUAACAAGAAUGAGCACAGGAGACGGGAGGAGUAUAGAAACAAGUUCCCUGUACCUGGUUGAGGACAGAGUAACGACAUUUGAGGGCAGCCGGUGGCCGUUUGAGUCAGGAACUUGUACUGCUGUCAAGAUGGCUGAGGCUGGCUUCUAUUACUGUGGCAGUGUAAGCAACCCAGACUGGGUGCGUUGCGUUGUGUGUCACCAAGACAUGGAGGGAUGGGAGGAGUCAGAUAAUCCAACCAAGGAGCACAAGCGUAGUACACCAGGCUGUGCCUACCUCAAGCUCAAGGACCCCUACAAGAUCACAUUCGCUGAUGUACUGGAACUGGAGAGAUGUUCUAUAGAGAACUAUUCUAGUUUAGAAGAAGAGAAGCUGGUCAAUGAUCUCGAGAGUCUUGUUGAUCAAAUGAGGGACCAAUUAACAGCAGCCGUCAAAAAUAUUCAAACUACAUAUUAAAUUAAUAGCUACAAGCCUCUUAUUAUUAUCGAGUAGAUCUAUAAUUUUUAUUAUCUUAAAUUGAUAAUUAUUAUACUGUGUUCAUAAUAGAUAUUAUCUAUAAUUAUAAUUAUGCCUUUUGUCAACAACAAUUUUGAUUAUAAUUAUGUAUACACA